CAGUAACGUCCACUUGACGACGAGAUUGAAAAUUAUUUGGGACUUUGAGAAGGUAGCUUUCUGUGAAUUCAGUAAAAAUGUGAGAACAGGAGAACGAGAAAGGGCUCUUGUCAAUCUGUGUCAUGCAGUUCGGGCUAUAGGGCCUAUUCGUAAAGUAAGUGCCCAAUUUGUAGUCGGAUAAUCAAUCUGUGUCCUGCAGUUCGGGCUAUAGGGCCUACUCGUAAACAUCUUCAGAGGCUUAACAGUGAAGUAUCAAGAUGACGAUCAUUGCGCAUGAUGUCACAACAGACUUGCAUCAGCAAAGGUUCACUCCAACUGGAAAGACUUCCUGGGCUCCAACGAAAGCAAAAGUUGUUGCUGGGAUUUUUAUCAUAAUGCUGCUCACUUUGGGGAUUAGUUAUCCUUUGAAUACCGUUGCGGAGGAUGCUGUCUUGAAAGCUGAAGGUCACAUUGGACGGGUACAGGGCCAUAUUGGACAUGUAAGAGACCACCUUGGUUUGCCUAGCUCACCAAGUCAAGUUCAUGGAUGUGUUGGGGACACACCGAGAACCUUCGUCAUAAUGUGGGCAACAGACACGUAUGCCGAUAGCAUAGUAGUUUAUGGUUCACAACCAAACAUGCUAAAACUGAGUGCCAAAGGUAGAUGUUUAAAGCUAACAUCUCUCAUGGAGGAAGGGAGCCCAUAUUUACACCGAGUAGAGCUGCAGCAUCUUGAUGUCAACCAGGUGUAUUACUAUCGUGCUGUAAGUCAUGGAAGGAAAAGUGCAUUGUUUCAUUUCAAAACGUGGCCAUCCAACGAUCAUAACUGGUCGCCACGUUUUUUAGUGUAUGGAGAUCUUGGCGUUCGGUCAACAUUAUUUAGGUCUUUAAAACAAGAUGUUGCGAAAGAUAUUUUUCAUGGGAUAUUACACAUUGGUGAUUUGGCUUAUGCCUUGAGUGGACAUGGUGGUGCAGUCGGAGAUGAGUUUAUGAGGAAAAUAUCUACAUUUUCGGGUAACAUAUCCUACUUCACUAGCCCUGGUGAUCAUGAAAAUCAUGCAGAAUUUUUGCACUACAGAUACCGUUUCUCAAUGCCAUCAACCACAUGGCCAAUACCUCUGAGUAAAAUGUGGUAUAGUUUUGAUGCAGGUUUAGCACACGUUAUAAGCAUCAGUUCCGAGGUGUACAAUGAUAAGUACAGAUACUUGUAUAAGUUUGCCAUGUAUCGGUGGUUAGUAAAUGACUUGGCGUCUGCAAACAUGAACCGGGCACAUCGCCCUUGGAUCAUUGUUGUGGGACACAAACCAAUGUACUGCUCAAAUCGAGACAACAAAAUUGAUUGUGAGAAUACGAAGGUCCGUAAGGACUUGGAAGACUUGUUCUUUCAACAGGGUGUUGAUUUGUACAUUUCUGGCCAUGAGCAUUCAUAUGAGAGAACCUGGCCGGUGUAUCGUGGGCAGGUCUGGGGGAAAUCCUACAGGGAUCCUGGUGCAACAGUCCAGCUGGUCAUAGGUUUCGGGGCAGUUGAAUAUUCCUCAGAUAUUUUUGCUCCAGAACAACCCCAGUGGUCAGCAUUUCGCACAAAUGAACCAGAAUUAAAUGGCUACGGUCGUCUGUUCAUUGAAAACAUUACACAUUUAUAUUGGGAGGUCUUUAGUCCGAAAACAGCUAAAAUUGUAGAUAAAAUGGUUAUUGUUCAAAAUCGUCAUGGGUCAUUCAAAAUCUUUGGCAACAUGUCAAACGCCCCUAUCAUAAGAAGCCCAAGUAUUCCAUUCUUGAUGCCAAUGUUUUAUGAGGUAUCGGCUGGUAUAUCAACCGAGAACUAUCUGUUGCUACUUUGUUGUGUAUUAUUCGUGGCCAUAUUCAUUAUAUGUCGGAGACGUUUUCCAUUCCUUACAAAACGAUUUAUGUUCAGUAUUGGUGGUUCAAAACGUACUGGAAAUAAAUUAUCCGUCUGAAAAGUUUUGAUGUUAACCCUUAACCGUCGAAUUAAUGAAAAUGAACCUUUUCCAAGCGCCAAAUUAAUGGUCGAGCAUAAAUUCAAAAAGUUAACAAUGUGAGAAAACAUGUUUUGUGAUGAUUUUACAAUGUUAUAAUAUAUUAUAAAACCUGCUCAGAGUAGGCCAAACUGUUCAUGUGUGGAAACGCAAUUAAUCAAAUUAUGAUUAAAUACUUUUCUAACAAAAACCCAUAUUUUGCCUAAAUUCUUGACAACAUGUGUGAAAUUUAUUGAAGGAGGGAAAAAAUAACUGAAUUGGUGCUUGAUUUAUAUCAGCAGAUAGAAUCAAAUGAGAAAACAACAAAAUCCUUCUAAACACUGCAUAAUUGUAUGCCCCUCUGGGUCUCUGGACCAUGAAUUUUGAUGACUAAUAAUACUUUUGAAAGAUAACGAUGACGAAAUUCAUGACGAAAGAUGACGAAUGUCAGCUGAGCUACAUGUACAUGUAGCCUGAUAGCUAUUCGAGUGGUGUCCAUCUGUCCAUCCAUUCAUUCAUUCAUUCAUUCAUUCAUUCAUUCAUCCAUCCAUUAUUUAUCGCUUUAUUCCAGCAGAUAGAUGCUUGAAAUAAUCUUGUGGAGGUAUGCACGCAUGUAGGUCUUGAUAUAGAAUAGUUUUGAUUGAUACUAGUACAGUUGGCAUUACUGAGCAAAAACCUGCUUUGACCGAGUUUUAACUUGAUUUGAAUUUCCCACCCUUGUAUAACUCCAAUGGUUGUGGUUUUGAUCCCACUGACGGCAAACUUUUUUUGAUAUUUUUAAUUUUUUCACUUGUUACAUUUUCUCAAUUUUUUAAAUGUAUUUUUUACUUUGUUAUUGUUACGAACUCUAAGGCGAGUUCUGUGGUUUGUCGCGUUGUGCACUAGAUCGAUGCAGUAUAUAAAGGAAUUGAACGAGGUUUUCAAAGGAAAAUAUAAUAUACAAGUUUAAUUCACAAAAUAACAUAUAAAUGACUUUAACCGAGUAGCGGCACGUGUCGACAUAAGUUUUCGCGAUGGGAGCAGACUUUACGGUUUCAAUUGUUUCACUAAGUUUGAAUUGCAUUACCUCAGCACGCACACAGACUUGACGCCUCGUGAUUCCUCGAAUCAUUCAUACAAGUUGUAUCUUAUGUUCGUUUCUCUCCGUGCUUGUCUCGUGACCCAGCGAUUCGUCCCCGUUAGCACAGCUUCCGUUCGGCCUCCUCAUGGAGCUUUUGUUCGGCUUUCUCACGUCGCGGCACCCCUGCCUUCAGCUUGCUUGCCUACUUUCAAAGUCUCGUGCGGCCUUCUCGGUGUUAUUUAUCAGUCUGCCCCUAUGCUCCCUACGCACGGUAUGUAUUACCCGACACGUAACACAAAUUAAAGUUCACAUAACACAAAGUCCGUAGAAUAGAAUUGUAGAAUAGUCAAUAGAGUUUGGAUUAUAACACACCGGCGGGGAUAAAAAAAAAAUCGUUGCAUGAUUUUUUUUUAGUAACGAGAAUAAUCCAAACGCAUCUCACAGUGUUCACAAUAGACGUAUGCUCUACGUUACCAACAGUUUUUUUAAACGUCUCUAUUACUAAAAUUCACAUCCUUGAUAAACUGUCCACAUUCACAUGAUGUUUCCCAGAUUUGUGCACAAUUGUCAUUGAAUAUUCUUGUAAUCUUAGCGACCAUCUUAACAAUUUCAUAUUCUUGUCCUGGCAACUGUUCAGCCAAACCAGAGGGUUGGCAUCGACCUCAACAAUGAAAUGUCUGCCGUAUAAAAAAUGGCGAAAAUGGUCAACGGCCCAGUCAAGCCCAAGGCACUCUUUUUCAAUUUGGGCGUACUUUCGCUCGCUCUGUAACAUUUUCCGACUUGCGUACACAACUGGAUGCUCAAGGCCAUCGUUAUCUAAUUGAUACAGAAUUGUGCCAAUUCCGCGGUCACUUGCGUCCACUUGAAGAGAGAAGUCACUGUCAUAGUCUGGCGAUUUUAAGACUGGGGAAUCUGACAUUAUUUCUUUCAGUCUCAUGAAUGCAUGCUCACAAGUUUCGGUCCAACGGAUGCGAUUGGGCUGCCCCUUCUUUGUCAAAUCCGUGAUAGGCGCAGCGAUUUCGGAAUAGUUUUGGAUGAAACGGUUGUAGUAAAAAACCAAGCCUAUUCCUGGGAAGUUCAAAGAUGAGGAGCAUCGUCGUCGUUCCAGUUGGCAAUCAUAUCCGACAGCACAUUUUAGAAUUCUCCUUUGAUAAGUAGCAAUCGUGAAACUUUGGGAUUUUGGGAGCUGAAAAUGAGAACAUGGCAUCAACCAGAAAAUUUAGAUCUUUAAUUUUUAGCAGCCACUGAGAUUAAUUAGCAUUACAUGUGUGAACAUUCAUAUUAUAAAAGAUCACAACUGGACAGAAAACAUAUAACAUAAAUUCUUAAUUGUGUUGUUUCUUUUUUUUAUUUCCUCAUCUCUACUCUGAUCUUGAACAAACAGGAAUUUGUGAUCAUGUAAGCACCUUUCAUGCAGGCCCCUAGCUAGGCAUUUCCAGAGCAACGCAGCACCCUGCCUUGAAAGUUUGAUUUGCGCCCUGCUCUCCUCUUCAACCGCCCUGCCCAGAAAAUGUGCCAAAUAGCUCCUGUCCCAGUGCUGCAAUAUCUGUGCUAUGCUGUACGUCACAUUUGGCCACAACCUGUGUAAUCAGUUGCUCUGAAAAUCUGUGAACUAAAUUCUCGCCAUUUCCAGAGUGAGUGAGUGCGUUGUGGCUUUUACCAAAUACAACUCACCCAGGAUGUUCACGUGAUGUAUGCAAUCAUUUUCCAUACCGGGUAUUGACCGUUUUACUUGAGUAAAUCUACCCGAAACCCAAUGCAACUCACUUGGGAAGUUCAUAAUAUGACCUAUGUAAUCAUUUUCCAUAUUGACCGUUUCACUUGACUAAUUCACUUGGGAAGUUCAUAUGACCUGUGUUAUCAUUUUCCAUAUUGACCGUUUUACUUAACUAAAUCUACCUCUAAACCUAAUGAAACUCACUUGGGAAGAUCUUUUUCCAUAUAUAUGUUUCACUGUCCUCUUUUCUGUCUUUUCUCAAUUAUUAUCAUUUAUUUGUCAUUUUUAUCUACAUCCUGAAUAGAUACAGAGAAAUAUAUGCCCUUCCCGAAUAAUUAAAAGCUGAGUUGCAACAUGGCAGAUUGAGGCAACCUGCAAAAAUAAAUGUUGACCAUUUUGAAAAGGCCUUUUUGCAGGUAACGUAUGUUCACCAUGGCAUAAAAGUAACAAUAGAGAAGCUUAUUCAAGCAAUUUAGCAGAAGUUGCCCGUGUCUUCCAAUGUUCAUGAUAUUUUGAAUGCUUUUAAUGAUGAUUUGAUUUAAAACAUUGCUUUUAUGUCAUGGUAAACUCACACUGCCUGUUAAGAGGCCUUUUCAAAAUGGCCAAAAGCUAUUUUCGUAAACUGUGUAUGCUUGAAUGUAUGCUUUGUAUUACAAGACCACUCAUUUAUGAAGACAUAGGUUGUUUUUUUGCCAAUCAUGUCGUUAUAUGUAUUAUUUAUUUAUCUGUUUAUCCAGAAUUAGAGUAAUCUCCCAUACCAUCCUCCCAUAGCAGGCCUUUGUGUCAAACUAAAAUACACUCAAUCUUUGUGUGAGUGUAAAAGAAAUGAUCCAAAUGCCUGCUAUAGGAUGAAUUUUAUUGGUACUGGUUUGUCCUGUUCACAGUAGGGUUUUCAUCGUAGAGGGUGAUGGAUUCUUCAUAAUUGUUUACAUUCACUACCGGUACAAAAUCAAAGUCCUUUUGUAGUACUUGGGUCCUUUUUCAAUGAAUAAAAAAUAUUCAAUUAUCGGCUUCAUUUAAAAGAUUUUGUUAGUUGUUUUUUCAUCUGUAGGGACUAUGCAAUCAUUAUAUCUGAGGCAAGACCACCAUUGAUUUUUUAAGCCUUUUAGCAGUUCAAUUGUCAAUGUUUGACCGCGACGCAUCAAAUACUGCGUGGGGUUGUGAAUCUGAAAUUUUGAUAUGAUAUUCCGGACAGUCGGGCAUGUAAAUGGUGAAAAGUAAACUGGUAGUUGACCCUGGAAAUUUUUUGAUAAUCGACAAAUUAGACAGAAAUUGAUAUUUCCACUCUUUUCAACCAACUGGCAGAAAAAUCUCAAAACAAGCCCCCUGUUACCAAAUUAGCAAAAUUCGAAAUUAAUUUUUUCAUCAAAUAAUUUCUUUACAUCUGUAGACUUGCCACAGCAAAUAUUUUUUCAAUACCUCUCCAAAUAUGUACUUGAGAGUUAAAAACAUGCACUCGUCUAAUUGAUAGGCCUGGACCCUCCAACCUAUGAAUAUUCAAUGGUGGUAUUGUCUCAUCUGGUGUUGUUUUACUGUCUUUGAUGGUCACUUUUAACUCCUAUACUGUGUAGAUGCCCUCAAGCUGGUUUUGGUGCAUCUGAUUCAAAUAGGCCCAUAUGUGACCCACAUCAGCAAAAUGGGUGGCACGUCGCACAGAAGAUGAGCCUAAAAUGACACCAGGACAUAAUAGCAGUUGUCUACCCUGGAGUGUGGUUUGCCAAUAUUGCCGUAGUUCUAAUUCUUGCAGAGUUUCUGUUACAUGUGUGUGGGCAAAUGCAACAUACAUUUUAUCAACCAGCAAAACGAAAGCAGCAAAAUGGAAAAAAUAUCUUUCCCUGGGUAGCUGGGUCGAGCCAGCUCAGUGAGUUGCAAGAUCUGAAUGAUUCUCAGCUCUCAGCAAGUUAUUUUCAAGGGUGAUUGUACUAAAUUACCUCUUGGACGUUAUGUAU